GCUGCGUGAGGUGCGUUUGGCCGGGCAAGGACACACAGGGCUAGGGUGACAUUUGUGUAAGUUAGCUAAGUAACGCUUACUAGCAUGUUACAAGUGUCAACCUGUCUGUGACUAUUGUACAAUCCCUGGCUUGGAGAACCUCUGCAUUGACACUGACUUCAGUGGGUUUUCAUCCGUAAAAGGUUUAUCAGGGUAGAGAGCUUGCUGCUGUAGUUUGGAAGUGUCCAGAGUCAACUGACGGAGCUGCUAAGUGUGUCUCGGUGGUGUCCUCUGUGCUGCUCUGCUGUGGGUGAUGGUCAGCUGGUGACUGGGGUAGCUCCUGGCCCCUGUGGUGAAUGGCUGUGAGCAGAGGUGGUGUCGCCUUCUGGGUGGGUUGUGUCCGCAGCCAUGGCCGAAGGCAACCCAUCACAAACCAGAGCUGGAGUUUCAGUCAGGCGGUUGACUUGCAGUGGAUCUAUCAGACACGCCCCCUGAGCAGUGCAUCAUGGGCCCUGGCACCUCCCAACAGCCUGAGAUAUCAGAACGUUAAGCAGCCUGUCCUGUCCCACCCGUUCCAUCAUGCCAGCCAGCCACAGAGAGGUGCUUUCUAUGACGAGGACUGGGAAGAGACUUCGCUCAGCAUGUGCAUGCUGGUACGACAGGGGGAGUCAGGCGGCCUGCACACCCUGCUGGAGAUCCCUUUGUUCUUUGGUCAGAAUAAACCAACAGAGCUCCUCGCUCUGGGAGCUCACAGGUCCUCCGAGUUCUCCUUCCCCCUGACCAUGGUGGAUGGCAGUCGAGUGGAUGACAUUAGUGUCGACAGCUUCAAGAGAAACAGUAUUGAUGCUGUGAAACGAGAACAUGGCUGUUUCAGAAGCCUGUUUGAAGCAGAGAGGUGUCCUGCACCCUUCAUGUAUGGCUCUCAAUUUUAUUGUUUCCAUUGCCCGGGAACAGAGCCGCCAUCUACUGGCAGCCUGAAAUCUAGGCAGGAUGUUGGACUUGAGAACAAGCCUGUGGAGCUGCCUCUGCUGCAUCCUACAUCUCUGUGUAGCCAUGCACAGAGAGCAGAGGGGGGUCACACUGAAAGAGAAAGUGAAGAAGAAGAGAAACUGGCCAUGAUGUAUGAAAGGCUGAGGAUAGAGCUUCCAAAUUUCUUGGCGAAUAAACAUGAUUACAGCAUGUACUCAGAUGAUCUGGAAUUCAUCAAUGGACUUAUCAAUACCAAGACCAGAGGCCGUGUGGUGUACCAGCUCACGCUCUCCCUGUGGCGCUUCCUGUUUCUGUGUUACUACACCAAGGCCUGGCUAGAGGUGCUGAAGCUGACUAAGCACAUGGAGGAUGGGACCAUUAAGGCUCGCUGGAGGAUCAGGGGCCUUCCCUUCCACUCUCUGCUGCUGCGCUUCUACCGCAAAGACAAAUCUCAUCUGUACAGGUCAUAUGAUGCAUUCUCUACCUUUUACAUUGGGCAGGAUGGACUCAUUCACUGUCAUAAAGUAGAAAAGGUGAUGCCAGCUCAGCCCCCCGUCCUGCCCAGGGUAACGUCAAUCCUCGCUGGCGCUCUGGUGGCUCUGGGAGUGCAGGAGCAUCGACCUGCUCUCAACCUGCUGCCCCUCCUCCUGUCUUCACUGCGACAGGAGAGAAACUGAAAAAAGGACGAAGUUUAGAGGAAUAACGGCCAGUGGAGUCAACGGUGUGUCAAAGUCCAUGCCAUUCUGACAGGUCUCAUUCAUUCUCAACAUAGGAACGCUUAAAUAUGGAAAGAUCACCUCUGUAUCCUGAGAUCGAUUAUCAUUGCCUCUGAAUUAAAUACAGUCAAGACUUCAUACUGCUUUUUUUUUUUUGAUUUUAGUGUUACCAUUUGAAAUCAUUUUAGAUGUUAAUCUGACCGCAUGUCUGGGUUGUGUCUCGUAUGUCUUCUCUGUGCCAGUCAGCUGUAAUUUAACAGAUUUUGAUUCCAUUUUUUUGUUCAAAUAUUUAUUUGACGAUUUGAAAUUUAAGGAUUUGAAACUCUGCUUUUCCAUUUUUUAAAGUGGAAGUCAACAUUUAACAGAUCCAACACUAAAGAGAUUAAAGAAGCUGCCUGAAACACAACAUACUUCAUGAUGUGGCUCUCACAGACUCCAAAUGAGGAACAUGUGCAACUUUGCAAAGGAUAAAAAUCCCACAUUUUACUAAGCAUGUCCUCCCAACAGGACUAUACUUCAUCCACAGAUGAUUUCAUAGAAAAUGCCUUCAAAUAGCCUGCCCAUUAUCACAGUAGCUUCAUGAGGAUAUUUUGGGUAUAUAAUAUAGUGGCUGGGUUAUAUCAGUUACUUAUCUAAGCCACAGAGUUUGUUACCUCUGCAGACAACUUGCAUGAUACAGACCUGCAUCAUUUAUCUAUGCUACUGGACUAAAAUCAAAAGACUGAAUUGUCACCUGAUCGCUGACGUGCUGUGUUUGGAAAAUUUGGGUGUUUUUGUCUGUUUGAACUGGAGUGAGAAAAAAAAAGUUUUACUCAGGAAGACUUCAGCCAUUAGCAGUGGAUUCUGGAGUGGAUGUUGGAGUUGGAGUUCAGAUGCUUUCCGGGCAUCAAUAUGCCUCAGUUCUUCACACAACUACUUCUGUCAGUUUUUGUGUGAAAAAUUUAGUGCAACACCAUGAAUGCCUUAAAGGAGGGACAGUCUGAACAUGUUAUCCCAUUUGAACAGUUCCACAUGUCUCAACCCUCACAAUGACAACUGGCUGGACAGAAACAUGUGGUCUGACACGUAUGAAUUAGCUCCCAGCAUGCCCUGGCCUUUAGACAAUCCAAGAAGCAUUACAAUUAAAUCAUACGGUUGCCCUUACAGGACACUUUCACAUAUUUGAGAAAAUUGCUUUAUCUGCAGUGUUGGCCACCAGCUGUCCCUCAAAAGUCCUUUCUCGUUGUCUUUGCAGUGUCUCAUUGUCUCUCUUGUCCAAAGAAGAGUUCUCUUCAGUACCAAACAGACUGAACUGCUAUGGCCCUGACUGUGUGUGGUAGACUUUCUGGCUGUGAAAAAUGUGAUCAGAAAUUCUAAAGUGAACACCAUAACUUUCUGGUGAUUCUUUAGAGAGAAUAUGUCAGUCAGCCUGAAUAUCAAAUAAUCUGAGCCCAGCAUGCAAUGGUAGUAGUUCUUAAAGGUAGCUAUGGUGACUGUGUGGAGAUCAGCUGUAUGAUCUGACACAGCUUUGUGUGUGUGUGUGUGUGUGUGCACUGUGAAAGUAACUGAAUCUCCCACUAUGAAAACAAGCUACUGCAAGCCAUUAGAAGUGUAUGUUGUGACUGUUGAAAAAAUAUUUUUUUCAAAUGAUCACAUGAUAAAGCACCUUGACGUUGUGGCCAACCACAGACCUAAGCUGCAGACUGCAAGUAACAGUCAACAAAAUGCUGGCCGUCCAUUCAUUUCCAAUAGAGCUGAGCAACCAGACCAACAGGCCUGUUUGUGGAGGAAACCUUCACAUCUAGUGUCAUUAAAUGAUGGGAAAUAUGUUCACAGAGGCUACCUUUUUACCAUUUGGGAGAAUUUGAUAUUGUGGGAGAUCAAACUAAAUACAUGCAGCGUUUGUUUUAUUCUUUAUUAACAACAAUUAUUUACAGCCACAUCAGUAGUGUAAAAUUAGAGGUAUACACCUGAAAAGGACAUACAAAAUAAAGAUAUCAAUUACCCCCAUGCACAACCACCUGUUAUCAUGUGACUUUAGUUCCAUCCACAUUUUAGUGAACUGCAGACAGCUGUUCCACUGGCACUGUGUGAAACUAGGUGCUAGGUAGCACUAUGAAAGAUACAUGAAUAUGAGCAUGUAAUGUAUGUUUCAAUAGGUAAGACACUUGUGUUUUCAGUCAUUGUGGUCAGUUCCAAAAGAAAACAUCAUAAAAUAACCCAGGUAAAGUGAACUUGUGAAAAAACAGGAUGUUGCAAUCCCAAAUGCUUUUGGUCAUGUUAGUGUAAAUAAUACACAUGCUUUGACUUCUAUAGCUGUCACAACAACUUAGAUUACAAGCUAACAAAAAAUGUUAGGCCAUGCACUCACUAUAUAACUUUUCAGGAUCAGCAUGUUAGCAGACCAGAGAGAUGUGCUGAGUGACAUGCAUUAGAAAGCAGAGAUGUGUGGAACAUGAAUGAACGGAGUCUUGCUGACUGAGUUACUCAGUGUGACUACUACAUGGUUAUAGACUAUACAGUGAAUGAAUGGCUCCAAAUGUCCCUUAAAAAAGACCUGACCUGAACUAAAUGUAGAACUGUAGAGAAAUGCCUCCGUUUGUCGUUUAACGCUAAAUGCAAAAGAAUCUCUGUGUAGGAGCAGUUUCAAUUGAACACUUACUUUGUGUAGACAUGAAACUGUACCUAUAUGAGUAGCUGUACAUACUCAGUCUGGAUGCUGAAACAUUUGCUGUAACUUCACUGUAAGAUUUCACACAGCAGUGUGCCUGCUUGAUCAUGCUUGAUAAUGUUAAUGCUUCUUCAAACCAGCCAAUAAACAGUAGCAGUAGCUGUGGUACAUCACAUAAUGAAUAUCCUCUGGUGUGUAUUUAUCAGUCAUAACUGUGUAGACACAUGACUUGUCAGGUUCUGUGUUAUUUAACUUCCACAUGUACUGCUGCAGUAACUCCUGUGUAAAUCCUGGUUAUGUGAAUAAAAUAAAAUAUUA